AGAAUGGUCGUGAUGGUCGUGGUUGGGUACAGUACCCCCACUCUCUCGAAAUUAGCUCCAACUCAACGUCUCCUAUAUAUCACUCAGAACCAAAUUUUUCCUGGCGGCGACGAUAUACGAGUUCUGACGUUUUGGAGUACUCACUAGCAUUCACUCGGCGAGACUCACGAGGAACAAUUAAUUAAGGCAUCAUUAAGCACUCAGAAAUGGCUGAGAAACGUUUAGACCUGAUAAUUUUCGGUGCAACAGGUUUCACGGGAAAAUACACUAUCAAAGAGGCCCAACGUCUAUGUAAAUCGCAACAAUUCACGUGGGGUAUUGCUGGGAGAAAUCAGGAACGUUUAGAAGCCGUUCUCAAAGAAUUUGCGCCAGAUGCUGAUAAUGUCCCAGUCAUUGUCGCUGAUGUUAAGGACGAAGAGUCCCUCAAAAAAAUGGCUGAACGUGCCAAAGUCGUUGUCAACUGUUGCGGACCUUACAGAUUCUUUGGAGAGCCAGUAGUAAAUGCUUGCAUUGCAGCGAAAACUCAUCAUGUUGAUGUCAGUGGAGAACCUCAGUACAUGGAGAGAAUUCAGCUCGAAUACAAAGAAGCUGCUAGAAAAGCCGGUGUGUACAUAAUAAGCGCAUGUGGCUUUGACAGCAUCCCCUGUGAUCUUGGAAUAAUCUUCACUCAGAAAAAAUUCGAGGGCGAAGUAAACAGCAUCGAAACCUACCUGAAUUCUUGGUCAGACCACAAUCUCGGUGGUGCUGCACUUCAUUAUGGCACAUGGGAAUCAGCUGUUUAUGGACUGGCUCACGCCGAUGAACUGAGGGGAUUGAGAUCAAAACUUUAUCCAAAGAGAUUGCCAGCGUUUGAACCAAGAUUGAAACCAAGGGGUGCAAUACACCGCAGCAGCGUUUCGGAGGGAUACUCAGUCGUAUUUCCUGGAUCUGAUAAAUCAGUUGCAAAUAGAUCCCAACGUUAUCUCUUUGAAAAUGACAAGACACGUCCAGUACAGGUUCAGACAUACGUGACGAUCAGAUCUCUCCUGACUUUAAUAUCAGUAGCAUGUGUCGGUGCUGUCUUUUCUCUUAUGACCAAGUGUAAAUGUGGACGAACUCUCCUGCUGAAGUACCCAAAAUUGUUCUCCGGUGGAUUCGUUAGCCACGAGGGCCCAACCCCCGCGGCUAUGGACAAAACAUAUUUCUCAAUCACUAUGAAAGCAAGUGGAUGGACCGAGAAACUCGCUGAACCUACUGACAAGCAUUCUGAGCCCCCGAAUAAAGAGAUGAUUACCAAGGUGUCGGGUAGAAAUCCUGGAUAUGGUGCUACCUGCACUAUGCUGAUGAUAGCAGCCCUCACGGUGCUCAAGGAAGAUGAAAAAAUGCCGGAGAACGGCGGUGUUUACCCUCCAGGGGCAGCAUUCGCGAAAACCUCGUUGAUCGAAGAGUUAAACAAGAAUGGAGUGACGUUCGAGGUCGUAUCAUCCAAAGAAAAGUAGAGGUGAACGAUUCAAUCAAGUAUUCCAAUGGAAUGAGCAUUUGGUCUCGAUCUAUUUUUCAAUGUCCAAUUAAUGUUGAGGGUCUCUCAUGAGAUCCCAGAUGAUAUAUUUACUACAAUCGCACUUUAUGAAGAUAUUGUAUUACUGUGUUACUUCCGUCUUUCUGCAUUUUUUCUACUCUAAAAUUUUGUAAUUUUUUAUUAUGUAUUUCUCACUGGCUGGGCUUAUUUUGAUUUAAAGUGGAUAGGAGAUUUCUAGAAUCGUGUCAAAAUGUAAUGAUAAUUUUUUAAUUGGGGGAAAGUUUCUCCUGAUUUUUUGUUGGCAUGAAUAAUCUGUUGGAAUUCGACUGAAAUAUCAUUUUUAUGUUAUAAAUUUUUAUUUAAAAAUUAUGCUAUUUACUUGAAAUGGAUAGGGGAUUCCCAGAAUUAAGUCAAAAUGUAAUGAUAUUUUCUUAAUAAAAGCUUCUCAUGAUUUUUCGUUGGCAUGAAUAA